UCAACUAUAUACUUUGAUCUACACAGUGAGAGUCUUCACUCUUCACUUUCCUUUCUUCACUAUUCUGAUUUCUCAUUUCAUCUUCCCGCGCCCAAAAAAUGGGUGCAGAAUCACACCAUCCCCAAACCUUAAUCCACAAAAUCUACGCUCCAUUCUCCAACGAAUUCCCCUUCGCAACUCCUCUUCCUUCUCUCAAAACAAACGAACUUGAACUCGUUCGAGGCGUUUUGCGAAUGCUUCAAGGGUUUUCCUCUUCUUUAUUCUCAUGGAAUCACAAUGAAAACCGUUUUCGUAUCAAUAAUGGAGUUUACGUCACACAUUUAUCCCUCAAAAGUCUUCAUUCGCUUCUUAAUCAAUUUCUUCACGCUGCCACGUGUCUUCAAAUCGUUGAGAUUACGGUUAAGAAAGUUGAAACUUCCAUGCCGAGACCUAAUCCUACUUUGAAUGCGUUUGUUGCUUCUGCUUCUUCGUGGCUUAAGCGGUUGAGGAAUGUUGCGUUGAAGGAGGAAGUGUCUAUGAAUAAUGCAGAUGUUGUUUUCACUCCAACUUUGUUAGGAUUCAAAAAUUCUUUAUCAAGUCUUUGCUCUGGUGCUGAGUUCCUAUUGCAAAUAGUUCAUGAGGCCAUCCCUGAUGUAUAUUUUGAGUUUGGGGCAUCUGUACCUGCAGCAGACUUGGCUGUUCAUGUUCUUGACUAUCUUCAUAAGAAGCUUGAAGAAAUGUGUCUUGUACAAGGUGGCGAGGAGGAAGCUUAUCUCACGGUACUUUACAUGUAUGUGGAAAGCUUGUUGCCAUAUAUUGAGGGUCUUGAUUCCUGGCUUUUUGACGGAAUACUUGAUGAUCCUUCUGAUCAGAUGUUCUUUUUCGCUAAUAAAGAAGUCUCAGUUGCUGAGGCUGAGUUCUGGGAGAAGAGUUGUCUAAUAAGAAAGCUACAGCAUCGUAAGUCAGAUACCGAGUUGUCUUCCACAAUUUAUGCCGGUGAUUCUAUUCCAGCAUCAAAUGAGAAGAAGGAAAUGGGCAUGAGGGAUUCCAUCUCUUUGUCUAGUACAAUUAAAGGAAAAGACCAGAGCGUUAGAGACUGUCCAGCUUGUCCUUUGUUUAUAAAGGAUUUAGCUAAGUCAAUUAUUUCUGCUGGAAAAUCUUUGCAGCUGAUGCGCCAUGCCCCGAGUUCCUUAGCAGCAUGUAGCAAAGGAAGUAAUUUUAAGUUUGGAAGUACCAAAUCCUUAAACUAUGGUUUGUCUCCUUCUCAUAGAGUGGCUGGGCUAACACUGUCAGAAAUUUUUUCUGUGUCACUAGCUGGACUUAUUGGUCAUGGUGACCAUGUUUGUAAAUACUUUUGCCAAGAUGAUUGGCAUGAAUCUGUGUCUGUUUCUUCCUUUGUAUCUUAUUUAAAUUUAAAUGCUGAAAAAAAGGACAAUCAAAACUUAACCGCUCCACCUUACUCAGAGAAGAUUUGGUACAAGUUCUUGAUUGAUACAUUAUCUCAAAAAAGAUCAGCUGACUUGAAGCCAAAAUAUGAAGACAUAAAUAAUGGCAAUGGUGAUUCAAGAGGGGAUAAAGUUGUUGAAGACAAAUUGUUUCUCUUGAGAUCAUGCUUACAAAAUCCCGUUAUUACCGUUUGUCGAAAAACAAUCGGAAACAGCAGGGAUUCCUUGAAAACAUUGAAUUUAUCUCGAAAAUUCUGCUUGCCUUCUUUAAAUGACGAGGGUUUAAGAAAGGCUAUAUUUGGUGGAGAAAGUACAUCAUUUUCAGAUAGUGAAGGAACAAACUAUACUUUUGGUUUUCAGUAUGAUGAAUCCAAAUUCAUUCACUCACAGGAUAAGAGAAAGCUGUUAGAAACACUGUUUCCUUUUCCCACCAUUUUGCCUGCAGUUCAGGAUGAUCUUCCUGUGUCGGAGCUCUUGCCUUUCCAGAGAAACAGCACUCUUCCUUCAAAAGUUCUUCACUGGAUGCAAAAUGUUGACCUAAGAACGACUCCACUACCUCUGGUUAUUAUGCAGUACUGUCUAACCGCCUACAUUCAGAAACAGGUAGAUUAUAUUGGAGUGAAUAUGUUGUUAAAGUUGAUGAAUGAAUGGAGGUUGAUGGAAGAGCUUGCAGUGCUGCGAGCAAUAUACUUGUUAGGCUCAGGCGAUUUGCUACAACACUUUUCAACCGUCAUUUUCGAUAAAUUGGAUAAGGGUGAAACAUGGGAUGAUGAUUUUGAAUUAAACACAAUAUUACAGAUGGUCUUAGCACCCAGUCUAUGUUUGGCCAACUUCAUUAAGGAAUCAAUCAGAAAUUCUGCUGAUUGUAUGCUGUUAAGUGCUCCAGAUUCUUUGGUAGUGUCAAUAACCAAAAAUAUUGUUGAGAGUGAUGGGGAAGCUAGCACAUCUGGUUCUGUCUUGGGUACUCAUAAAAGUCGUGUCAAUAACUUGGGGAUGAACGGUCUUGAUAUGCUAAAAUUCACAUAUAAGGUACCUUGGCCUCUUGAACUCAUUGCAAACACAGAAGCAAUUAAGAAGUACAACCAGGUGAUGCGGUUUUUGCUGAAGGUCAAGCGUGCAAAAUUUGUGUUAGAUAAAGUGCGGAGAUGGAUGUGGAAGGGUAGGGGAUCUACAACAAAUAACAGAAAACAUCAUUGGUUAGUGGAGCAGAAACUCCUUCAUUUUGUGGAUGCUUUUCACCAAUAUGUGAUGGACCGGGUAUAUCACAGUGCAUGGCGUGAACUAUGUGAAAGUAUGACAGUGGCCAAAUCUCUGGAUGAGGUCAUUGAAGCCCAUGAGGCUUACAUGUUGUCGAUUCAGCGGCAGUGCUUUGUGGUUCCUGAUAAACUGGGGGCUUUGAUUGCCAGCCGCGUGAAUAUCAUCCUUGGUUUAGCCUUAGAUUUCUAUACCAUACAACAAACAUUAAAAAGCGGCGGAGCUGUUUCUGCAAUCAAGGCAAGGUGUGAGAUGGAAGUUGACCGGAUUGAGAAACAGUUUGAUGAUUGCAUUGCUUUCUUACUUAGGGUCUUAUCUUUCAAACUAAAUGUAGGGCAUUUCCCUCAUUUGGCUGAUUUGGUCACCAGAAUUAACUACAACUAUUUUUACAUGUCUGCUAAUGGGAAUUUAAUGACCACAUCUGGCCCUGGAAGUGUUGCUUCAAGAUUGGGGAAAGCCUCUGGGUAAAAUUGUUCGAUCUAAGGUGAAUUGUCUCGAGAGUAUCUCAAUAGCAGAAUAGUUUUGUGCUUGCUUUUAUAUUGUGCAGUAUCCUGAGAGUGUCGCAUUCGCUUCGUCUUUGAGCUCAAUGAGGGGCAAAAAAGUUUAAAGGUUGCCUGUGUGCCCGUAAUUGCAGGCCACUUCUGUUGCAGGAUGCAUGAGUACACAACGUAAGUCGUAUAGAGUAUUGUCUGUUUUUUUUUUUUUUAUAUGUGCAACUAUGUAGGAUAAGUAAUCUACUAAUCUUAAUCCUUGUAAAUGAUUGUGAAAGCCUGUGCUAGUUUUUUCCCCUCUUUUACUUUUGCAGUGUUAUCUAUAUGUGAUUGGGCUUCAUAAUUUUUAAUGAAAAAUCUUUGUAUGACGUGUGCAA